AUGCCAUCAAGGAAGAAAUGGCCGAUGAAGUUAUAUUUAUCGGCUGCUGAAGAAUCCAUUGGAGCUAUGUUAGCACAAGAGAAUGAAGCAGGAAAUCUUAUAAAGUAUAUGAUAUCAAGGUCAUUAAUCACAGGCCGAAUCGACAAGUGGGCUCUAGCAUUAAUGGAGUUCAAUUUUGCAUAUGCUCCACGAAAGGCAAUUAAGGGAAGAGCAUUGGCAGACUUUCUUGCCGAUCAUCCAUCACCUGAAAUUGAAUCACAAGUGUUUGAUGAGCUUGACUCGGUAGCCAUAUUCAUAACCCCUUGGACUAUAAUGUUUGAUGGGUCGAGUACCAGUGAAAGCUCAGGAGCUGGCAUCAUGCUAAUAUCCCCAACAGGGAACCAAAUUUCGUUUUCUUUCUUUUUGGAUUUCAGGUGCUCAAAUAAUCAAGCCGAGUAUGAACCAUUGAUUAUCGAUUUGGAAAUUCUGCUAGAAAUGGCAGUCAAAGACAUCCACAUUGUGGGAGAUUCGAGUUUAGUGAUUAAUCAAAUCUCAGAAGACUUUAGAUGCUUGAAUUGGCAAUUAAGGCCAUUCCAUUCAUUAGCAACCCAAUUGGUCAACCAAUUUCAUAAUGUAACUUUAGAAUAUAGACCAAGGGCCAUGAAUAAAAUAGCUAAUGAUUUAGUGCAGACUGCUUCAGGAGUCAGGUUACAGAGUGGUAUAAAGGAAAGGAUAAUGAAAAUUACACGUCGAUCUCUUCCAUCGGCUGAAACAAUAAAUCAAGUUAUGGAAGAAGUCUUUGCCACUGAUGUUGCUGAGUUGGAUGAUGAUGAUUGGCAAAUCUCUUACAUCUUGUUCUUGCAACAUCCAACUCUAGAAGCCGAUCGAAGAAUAAAAAGAAGUGCAAUCGAUUAUAUGCUUAUGGAUGGAGAUCUUUAUAGAAGAUCAACUGAUGAUGGAUUAUUAUUUUAG